ACAAUAUAUUCAGUUUGCUCUAAUCGGCUAAACGUAUCAAAUCUUUCGUUUAAAUUUCUUCAAAAUUAUUAGAUUGAAUUAGACACUGUUCGGGACCGUUUUUAUAUAAAUUUUCCAAUUCCAAGAUGUUUAUGUGGUGUGAGCGCAUCUCAGCGACAAUGGCCGGAGUUGUGGUUGGCCUUUGGUACGGCCACACUUUCCCAUCUGAGGAUGAAAAGAAGCCAAAGGACAACAAGAAGAAAUAAUUCAAUUCCGCUAGUUAAGGCUGACGUCAUAAAAAUUCCUAAACAGAAUACCAUUCACUUAGCUAUAUCGCAAUGGGUAUAUUAUUUUAUACCCGGAUCCCAUUACAAUUGGGUAAUAAAAGCCGGGCAAGAAACGUCAAUCGAUGGUGAUAUACUAUUCGAAGUCAAGUGAAAAAUUUAGUCCCACUCUGACAGUCAAACAUAAACAUUAUCAAGAAGUAUUACUAGAUAUGAAGGAGAUGCGCCGAGCUUGUAGGCCACAACCAUCGCUGAUCUCGCGACUGAACUGCAAAACAUGUAAUCGGGUUUUGUUCUUCAUCGCCGGCGUUGGAAGUGGUGUAUUCUACAUCCGGCAUCAAGAACAGAUAGCCGAAGAGCUCAGGAAUGCCGAACAGGGCAAUAACAAGAAGGAUAAGGGCAAGUAAUGUUUGGAAUGGAUUUCUAAUGGGGACACUCUAAUUGCAACACAAAUCAAACUCAGCUACUUUACACCGAAUGAAUUGAAUGACGAUCUAAUACAGCUAAAGAUAGUGCAAAUCGUAACAAGGAUGUAACGUCUGCCUAACUCUAGCCCUAUUUGUACGACUUUCAAGGCGCCAUAUAGCACAGCACUUGGAAUGCAGCUCCCCCCAGACAUUAACAUCGCGGACCCGACCAGGCAUGGAGACCGGGCAAACAACACGACAUGAAUAUAUUAAAAUUAGUAGUAAAUAAUAUUGGGCUUUUUGUAACGAAAAAUUCAUUUUCAAGCCUAAAAUUAAUUUAUAUAUUAAUGUAUAUAAUAUACACCCAACGAAAUAAAUAAU